AUGCAGUACGGCCAGCAGGAUCCGUACGCGCCACCAGCGGGCGGCAUCUACUCGCCCGGCGGCACCUACGCACCGCAGCCUGCUGCGGGGCAGUACGUGGACCCGGCGUACACGGCGUCCCAGCCACAGUUGCCGCAGCCCGCCACGUAUGGAACGCCGCCUUACGCCGCUGCUCCGUACGGUCAACCGGUUAUGCCCCCUCCCUCCGAGCCCCCAUUACCGCCCACUCCGUCAUACGACCCGGGGUACGCCAACUACCUUUACGGACUGCAGUCAUCCCGGAGUUCCAGACGAUACCUGAUUCAAUCUCCGACGGGGCGCAAGGGCCUGUUCGGCGCGAACAAUGUCCUCACCGUGGUCAUCAUUUGCGGUACCCUGAUCCUCGUACUCCUCGCCAUGCUGCUCAUCGUCACGGUCGUCAUGCCAAGGCUGUCAAGGAAGCAUCACGCGGGCCACAGGAGGAGGCACCAGCCCUCCCACGAGGUCGACAACCUGGCCGAUAACGAGAUACCCGUGGACGCGCCUCAGCUGAGUGCUGGGUCCAAGAACGAGCAGACAGAGCCAAAGCUCGACUCCGCCGGAUCCAAGCACGGCCACAAGGACCCGGAGAUAGCCAGGCAUGUCAAGAGCCGCACGAAGGGAUAGCGCCUCAACGAGAAACACCAAGCAAAAAUAAGUGGUGACGUGAGGACUAGGAAAGCCGUCGAAGUGGAAUCGAAAACGUGGAAUUACGCUGCACCGGCCAAAGAAGAAUACUGGCCUCCCCCGCCAAUUUGACGAAAAUACAACAUCCAC